AUAAAUCAUGAAUGAACAAGAAUGGUUAAAGAUGGAGAAAAUUGACACAGAUUACAAACGACGAACUUCGAAACGUUUUUAGGCUAAAGAUGGGCAAACCGUGAUGUAGCUAUUUUUAAAAAUGUUUUGACAGAGAUUGUUAACGAGCCAAUCCGAAAAACUUCCUGUUUUUCGUCAGAAAAACCCUUCAGUAUCGAGCUUUGAAUAAAACCUUAAAGUCUGAUUCAGAGACUAGUUCAAUUUGUGGACGCACUAUUGUCACGACUUAGCGUACGUCUUACUUGCAAGCAGUCUUUCCUGUUAAUGGCCCACAUGUAACAAACAGUGCUCCACAGAAAUGUAUAUAGCUUGUCCGACAGGAAAAUCAACAUUGAUUUAAUAUCAGACGAUGGGUGGAUACGUAGUUGUGUUGUUGACCGUUGUAGUUUGUUUAGCCCCGACUUCAACCUGUCAAAACGAAAGCAAGCUGCCGUGUCGGCUGAAUGCUAAGGGAUCAAGCAAUUUGAGUAAUGAAGAAAAAAAGGAAGCAGCUGUUCUCCAGCGGAAAUACGUAGAAUGUAUGCUGAUCAGCCAAGAGUCUGGGGUGAAGUUUACGUUUGACAUCAACUUGGCUCUAGAUGCGGCUGAAGUUGAUAACAAUACUUUAGUUGGUGUGAGUGUCACAUUUUCGUGCCCAUCAUCAAUUGAACUCGAUUUCAUCAACCCGCAAAACACUUCCAACAAAAAUAUUUUGCUAGUUCUGUUUUUCCGGGGCGCCUGCAAAGUUUGGACGCGAAACCUUGUCGCCUUUGCCAAGGCAACUGAUUUCCGAACGAUACGUUUGAAAGGAAAGAAUACGAAAUGGUCGAGUGUAUCCACCUUGACAAAUUUAACUCAUGGAAGUGAGAGUCUUUUGAGAGACUUCAGAGAAAUUACGUUUAUCACAGCUCUCAACAGUCUGCCUGAAAACAUCCCUCGUAUGCUCACUGAUACCAAGAACGUCUGGCCAAACAUGGCUGAAAUCUACUUUGAGGAUACGCCGAUUAAAGAGAUUCCAGAACAAUGGAAGAUUACAAUGCCUCUCUUGCAAGGGCUUUACUUGGUAAAGUGCAAUUUGACAAAACCUCCAGAAUUUCCUUGGAAUAACUCCACCCUAGAACUCUACCGUGAAUUGGGAAGAACAGACGAUUCCGAGCAAUAUUUCCCAGUUGAACUGCAAAGCAACCUUUAUGUCCGCGGACUGUAUCUAGGCUAUAACAACAUUGAGGACUUAACUUCUCAUGAGUUUCGCGGAUUCUUGCAUGUCCUAAGCCUUCGAGAAAACGGUUUAAAGGCAAUUGGAUCGUCAUGUUUUCGCAACUUAAAAGGAAUUCAAACGAUUGACCUCUUAAAAAAUAACUUGGCUUCGCUACCUCAAAAUCUGUUUCAAGGUUUACCUUCCUUGCUAAACAUUAUUCUUGGAUUCAACAACUUGACGGUCAUUCACCAAAAUAUAUUUAAAGGGCUGAGAAAGAUCAAGAGGAUUGCUCUAGACCGUAACAACCUACAUUCUAUUCCAACGGGUUGUUUAGUUCAUUAAGCACCCUGGAAGUGUUGCAUUUAUU